AUGCUCGUGUCACGAAAGGUCCACAGCGCCAUCCCAGCAGUCUUUCUAGCCUGGGUUGUUACUGGGCAAGAGAGCAGUAAUUCGAGCUUUGAUGUACUAGACUACGUUAAUCCACUGAUCGGCACCUCCAAUGGAGGUCACUCAUUUGCAGGGGCAACUCUACCCUUUGAUACCAUUGGUGAAAACCAAGCCGGUUUUGCGUAUGACACUACAUACGUCUCGGGGUUCUCGCACAUGCAUGACGAUGGAACUGGUGGCUCGCCAUCUUUAGGCAACUUUCCCAUUUUUGUGCACCCAGGUUGUCCAAAUGAUGCUCUUGAUAAGUGUACAUGGCAACAGUCUGAUCGGGGGAUUCCUUGGACAAAAGGCUCGCCAAAAGCGCGCCCUGGAUACUUUGGCAUUACUCUGCAGAGCGGCGUAUUUGCAGAGAUGACCGUCACAAACCAUUCGGCUCUUUAUCGGUUCACUUUCGACAACGCGACCACCGAGUCGCUCAGCCCUGUGGUCCUCGUUGAUCUCAUGGAUCUUCCACAGUCGCGCACAAAUGGAACGGCCACAGUAAAUCCGUCAACAGGUCGCUUAACUGGAAAUGGUACAUUCAGCCCCAGCUUCGGUAUUGGAACGUAUGAUCUCCAUUUUUGCGUAGAUUUCAAAGGUGGUGACGUUCGAGACACUGGUGUGUGGUCCAACAAUCGCGCCGGUCAAGGGCAGACAACGAUUUCACUCACGUCUGACGGGAGCAACACCGCCGCGACCCUCUCUGCUAGCACAUUCACCCGAUUUAAUAUGUCAACAAAUGACCAGGCUCUGAUGGCAAGAGUAGGUGUGAGCUUCAUCAGCGUAGAGCAGGCCUGCGCCAACGCUGAAAAAGAACAGCCCAACUUUGACUUUGCUGGUACCGUGAGCGCAGCAGAGGCCGCAUGGAGGGAUAAACUGAAUGUCUUUAGUGUCAAUCCGGGCAAUGCCUCAUCCGAUCUACAGGAGGUGUUCUGGAGCGGAAUGUAUCGUGCAAUGAUAAGCCCGCAGGACUAUACAGGAGAGAACCCACUCUGGCAGAGCGAUGAGCCGUAUUAUGACAGCUAUUACUGUAUAUGGGAAUCCUUUCGAGGCGUUCAUCAGCUUCUGACGCUAGCCGAUCCACUGUCUCAGUCUAGAAUGAUGAGAAGCCUGGUGGAUAUCUAUCGCCACGAAGGCUACUUACCUGACUGCCGUAUGUCUUUAGGUAAGGGAUAUACUCAGGGAGGGUCAAAUGCGGACAUUCUUCUUGCCGAUGCUCUCCUGAAGAAUGUCAGCGACAUUGAUUGGUCUACGGCGUAUGAGGCUGUCGUGAAAGAUGCGGAGGUUGAGCCCGCGAACUGGAAUGUCGAAGGUCGCGGCGGACUAACUAGCUGGAAAACACUCAACUAUAUUCCGACUGAUGAUUUUGAUCCAUACGGUGUUGGGCUGCAUACACGCAGUAUCUCCAGGACUGUCGAAUAUGCGUACGAUGACUUUUGUAUUGCUCAGAUGGCCCAGCGUUUGGGUCAUCAAAGUGACUACGAAACGUACAUGCUACGUGCCAAUAACUGGCAGAACAUGUUCAAAGACGACCAGAAAUCGUACCUGCAAGGGAAGGAUACUAACUUUACAGGAUUCCUUCAGCCUCGAUACCCCAACGGCACCUGGGGCUAUCAAGAUCCCAUCUUCUGCAGCCCUCUACUGAAUUUCACUUCUUGUUAUCUGAGCGCGGACGGGCACGAGACGUAUGAGGGAAGCGCUUGGCUCUAUUCAUUCUUCGUACCUCAAGACAUGGCUGCAUUGGUCACACGUUUAGGCGGACCACAGACUUUCACUUCCCGCCUUUCUUAUCUGCAUGACUCAGGUCUUCUUUACGUUGGUGACGAACAGGCCUUCCUCACCGUGUUCCAAUUUCACUACUCCGGACGGCCCGGACUAUCGACUCAACGUGCUCACUACUACAUUCCUUCCCAGUUCAACACCUCUGUCUCCGGCAUUCCAGGCAACGACGACGGUGGAGCCAUGGGCGCGUUCGCGGUGCUUAGCAUGAUGGGUCUGUUCCCAGUCCAUGGACAGGACGUGUAUCUCAUCAGCCCUCCAUUCUUCGAGGAAAUAAGUCUACAAAACAAGCAGACUGGAAAGGUCGCCACGAUCCGGAAUGUGAACUUCGACCCCACGUAUAAAUCAAUCUAUAUCCAGAGUGCCAAGCGGGACGGCCAAGCCUGGACGAAGAAUUGGAUCAGCCAUGAUUUUUUUCUCAAUGGAGGGACCCUCGAGCUUGAGCUAGGCCCUACGGAGAGCGACUGGGGUACUCGGGACUUGGAUUUGCCCCCGAGCAUGAGCAACCACUGA